AUGUCGUUUGAACCAUAUGAAUAUGACGACCCUAAAGAUAAAGGACCACUUACACAAAACGAUUUAGACGCGUUGUAUAGCUAUUGCUAUAAGUUAGACAAUGAGGCAAUUACAGAAAUGAAGAGACGCACAAUGGAGGCUUCUGAAAAGUUUCAAGAAGAACUAAUACAGGCUCAACUGGACGCUAGAGAACAAGCUAGGCGCUAUGUGCUUGUUGAUCUUCGAAAUGAACGUCAAGAACAAUGGGAUCGUGUCCAAGAGGAAUUCGAUCGAAUACAUGCACAAUUUGAAGAAGAACGGAGACAGUUAAGAGAAUUAUAUCACCAGAGAGAAGCAUACUUUCGAAACGCGUAUGACCAACUAGCAAGAGAAGAACGCGAAGAAGCAGAGGCUCAACAACGAGCACAAAAAGAAGCUGAAGAACAUGAACGUUUGAAACGGGAAGAGGAAGAGCGCAUCAAAAAGGAAACAGAGGAGCGUUUAAGACGAGAAGCGGAAGAGCGAGCAAGAAGAGAGGCUGAAGAGCGAGCAAAAAGAGAGGCUGAAGAACAAGCCAAAAAGGAAAAAGAACUUGAGGCAAAAAGGCAGGCUGACGAAGCCAACCGAAAAGCCGCACUUGUCGCUGCACAAAAAUCUGUUCCAUCAUCAUCGGCUGCUUCUACCACCGCACCGGACCCUAAUAUUGAUAAAGCGCUUGCUGUAUACGAGGAGAUUUACAAGAAUCGAUUAAAGCUAAUCAAGGAAAGGUUGAUGGAUAAUCAGAAUUUGAAAAAUUCAGCCUUUCAGCACAUAAAAAUUGUCAGACUACGAUUAAAUCAGCUGACUAAUACGAGAGACUCGAUACUCAAUAUUGUCAACGAGUUCACGCUAGUGCUGCGAAAUGUUCAAUCCACUGGUGAUUUAUACAACUAUUUGCUUAAUUAUAUUGCGGAAAAUGUAGUAUCACAAGCUGAAGUAGAGACAUCAUCAACUCAUUAUUCUGCCGCAUAUAAACUGGCGCAUAUAUGUGUGCUUCUCAAUAGUCAACAUCCGGAUUUAAUUCAUUACAUGAUGGUUCAAUUAGCCAUGCGAUGUCCUUAUGUGAUCCCGCUAUAUCACGUACAACAACCGGGUCAAAGCAUUCAGCAGUUCAAUGAAUUGAUCGGCUAUAAAAAAGAUGAAGAGGAAGACAAGUAUAUUGGACGAAUGCAGGCGAUAGUGGCAUUAUAUGCCGCCAUUUUGCAAACCACGCCUUUUAUUCCUAAUGUUCGGAAUGAUUACUCUAUGGAAGAUGCGUGGAAAUGGUUAUCCAAAACCGCGAAUCUUACACCAAGAUCAAUCACCCCAUAUCUGGUGUAUACAUUCUUGCAAAUAGCUGGACCUAAACUUAUCGAGUUUUAUCCUUACCCCAAUCAAACACAAAAACUCAUCCGAACUUAUUAUAAUCGAUAUUAUCUCAAUCCACCCAGAGAAUACGUGAAUUUGAAGAAGGAAUCGGCGGCGGCCAUGUCACGUUUACAAACGUUUCUUAUGGAGGUGGUUAACAAUAAUUUCCGGUUUCCUGAAUCACCUGGUAGAUAUCCAACUAAUUAA